UUCAUUGGCGGGAGGAAGAAGAAGAGAAGGUAGGGUUUUGCAGCCCGUAUUGCUGAUCAAACCCAUAACCUUUUGAUUCCUUUAUCACUCCCCGGAGCUCAAAUCUCCAUAGGAAAAACCUCGUUUUGCAGCUCGAGAGAGGAAUUCGAUUAUAGUUUCAUUGGCGGGAGGAAGAAGAAGAGAAGGUAGGGUUUUGCAGCCCGUAUUGCUGAUCAAACCCAUAACUUUUUUUAUUCCUUUAUCACUCCCCGGAGCUCAAAUCUCCAUAGGAAAAACCUCGUUUUGCAGCUCGAGAGGAGAAUUCGAUUAUAGUUUCAUUGGCGGGAGGAAGAAGAAGAGAAGGUUUUGGAGAUAUUGGAUGAAAUUUUUUUUGAAGGGAUGAAUAUUGAAUCGAUGGGUAUGGUGGAGAUGAGGAGGAUGGGCAUGUAUGAUGGGAGCCAUCAAAUUGGGAUCUGGGCUGAUUGUUUCAAAGCUGAAAGUAGCCAAAAUACGAGCUCUUCCGCUGUUCUAGAGGAACAAGAUGGGAGAAUUGAGAAUUUGUCUGAAGAUGCUCAUCAAGGGAUCGUUGGGCCGUCGAAGCCUUAUGAGCAGGAAGCAAGCAAGCCAUCUGAUAAGCUAAUAAGACGCUUGGCUCAAAAUCGAGAAGCUGCAAGGAAAAGUCGACUUCGGAAGAAGGCAUACAUUCAGCAACUCGAAUUAAGCCGUAUAAAGUUGGCCCAACUUGAGCAAGAGGUUGAUAAGGUCAGGAAUCAGGGUGUGUACAUUGGUGAGCAUGUAGGCAAUUCUACUGCUGGUUAUUCAGGAUCUGUUAAUUCAGGCAUUGCUGCAUUUGAGCUGGAAUAUGGGCACUGGAUUGAAGAACUAAGCAGGCAGAUCUGUGAACUCAGAGCUGCUCUUCAAGGUUCUGCAUCAGAAAUAGAAUUAGGAAUUCUUGUGGAGAAUGGAAUGAGGCACUAUGAGAAUCUAUUCCGCAUGAAAUCUAUUGCUGCUAAAUCUGAUGUGUUCUAUAUUGUAUCUGGCUUGUGGAAAGCAUCUGCAGAACGUUUUUUCCUUUGGAUUGGUGGCUUUCGGCCUUCAGCACUCCUAAAG